UCACGCCCAGGGAAGGCUGUCUAGUUCCCACCCAGUGGACACCUGCUGCUGGACUAUUCUUGCUGACCUGACUGGAGAAAUCAGUAGUCCUGAUCUCUUUGAAUUUCCACCUCAGCUCUCCAGGAUCCAGGUAUAAGAUGAAAGCUUUCGGUUUUGCCUUUGGUCUGUUCUUCGCUGUGGGCUUUCUCCUCUGGACUCCUUUGACUGGGCUCAAGACUCUGCAUUUGGGAAGCUGUGUGAUCACUUCAAACCUCCAGGCAAUACAAAAGGAAUUUUCUGACAUUCGGGAUAGUGUGCAAGCCGAAGAUGAAAACAUAGACAUCAGAAUCUUAAGGACAACUGAGUCUCUGCAAGACACAAAGCAUUCGGAGAGGUGCUGUUUGCUCCGACAUUUAGUGAGACUCUAUCUGGACAGGGUAUUCAAAUUCUACCAGACCCCUGACCGCCGCAUCCUCCGAAAGACCAGCAGCCUUGCCAAUUCUUUUCUUCUCAUCAAGAAGGAACUCUCGAUCUGUCAUUCCCGUAUGGCAUGCCAUUGUGGGGAAGAAGCAAUGAAGAAAUACAACCAGAUUCUGAGUCACUUCACAGAACUUGAACUUCAGGCAGCGGCAGUAAAGGCGCUGGGGGAACUCGGCAUUCUCCUGAGGUGGAUGGAGGAGAUGAUGUAGAUGAAAGUGAUGAGGCUGCCGAGAACACUCCUACCCAAGAGUCCCAGUCCUCAGCACUGUGAAGACAUGGCCCCAGAGGCCACUGAGAGCAUUGCUACCCAAGAGUGUCUGUCCUUAGUACCAUGAAGACAUGACCUCAAACCACCACCUCUUUGUCAUAUAAUUUAGUGCUGGUCACAGUGUAUAUUAUUAAUGUAUUAUUGAUUUCCUUAUGUGGGUUUCUUUGUGUGUCCCCAGUAUU